UUGAGGAUGUUGUGCAUAACAUCCUCAAGAAGAUGAAAGAGCUUGAAAAUCAAGAUGAUCAAGAUGGGAAAUCUGCUGAAGAAGGAAAAAUGUCUCUGAACCUUUCACACUCUAAGAGGCACUUGGACAACCAAUUGAAGAUUUUUAAAGAGUUGCCAUUUAAAGAUAUGUGCCUAGAGAUUAAAAUGCUUGUGGGGAGAGGAGUAAGUAAAGAAUAUAAAAACUUGGUUGAAGACGCUAUGGAAGCAAUCUGGGAGACUUGUUGUGCCCCGGUUGCUAUUAGAAAGAGGUUUCACGAACAAUCUGAAAUGAUCCCUUGCCACCGUGAAUUGGGAGAUUUUCUUGAUUCUUUACUCAAUCAGGCUAAAUCAUUUAGAGAAGUGUGGGCCAGUAUCGAGCAAAGACUCUUUGCUCCAUCUGAAGAACCAGACCCUAAGAAACAAAAGUCAUAGCACUAAGAGCAAACAUGCUCUAAUGUAAAGCCCAAACCUUAUUUGAAAAUUGAAAAAUAGCUCAAAAAGCCUUUCCCAACCUGGAUACUAGAGGCUUGCGCUUCUUGUGCUUCUCCUGUGCCUUAUCCAUAACCCUUUUCCUAGAGGAUGAUAAAGCGC